CCAGUUCAGUAGUGCAGACAAAACGAACAGGCCUAUUGUUAUCGUUCGUUUGUUCGUUACCUCUUCUUUCUGUUUCCUCCAUCACGAAAACUGUUUUCGAUGGUAAAGGUUGGGUAUUUGUCAUGUGCAAUUACUAUGGUUUAUUUCAUACCGGGAAUAUGAUACAUCUCUUAUUCUCAUACUUGAUGCUGAUCAUGAAGAAAGUCACUUCUAGGAGAGAUACGCGAGGGGACGGAUUUCUGGCUGAGCUCUGAGAACCGAAGAUACCAGGGGACCUCGCGGUUUCUAUAGGGCAGAUGUCCCGACGCACCGAGGCUUGUAUAAUUAAAAAGCCACGGGGGUCAUCUAAUCCGCAAAAUGUCGUGGAGCCAAUGCAGGUUGAUGCUCCUACAGAGGAUAAUGAUAAUGCUGAGGAAGAACCGUAUAUAGUAGAAAAUCCGACGCUGGAUUUGGAGGUAUAUGCCAAUAGCUACACUGGACUUGCAAAAUUAUACAGACUUAUAUAUAUUGCCGAUCAUUGUCCAUCAUUACGAAUAGAAGCAUUAAAAAUGGCAAUCACUUAUGUAAUGACCACAUACAAUGUCUCAUUAUAUGUAAUAUUGCAUAAAAAGCUUCUGCAAGCUGUUGGUACUCCGGGUUUACCAGAUGUAGCAGCUCAGUCAACAUCUCAGGAUCUGUUAACAAUGGAUCAAACAUGGGUAGAAACUCGUUCUAAGAAAGCUGCUCUUAAAUUAGAGAAAUUUGAUACAGAUUUGAAAAAUUACAAGAGUAAUUCUAUUAAGGAAAGCAUAAGAAGAGGUCAUGAUGAUUUGGGAGAUCAUUAUUUAAAUUGCGGCGAUCUUGUUCAUGCCCUGAAGUGUUAUUCUAGAGCACGAGAUUACUGUACCAGUGGCAAACACGUUGUGAAUAUGUGUCUCAACGUAAUUAAAGUUUCAGUUUAUCUUCAAAACUGGUCUCACGUACUUAGUUAUGUUACCAAGGCUGAAAGUACUCCAGACUUCCCAGAUGUUCAUGGUAAAGACAACAAUCAAGCAAUAAUUACAAAAUUGAAAGUGGCAGCAGGUUUGGCAGAGCUGGCGACAAGAAAAUAUAAAAUGGCUGCAAGACAUUUCUUGCAAGCAUCUUUAGAUCAUUGUGAUUGUCCUGAGUUAUUGUCUCCUGGAAAUGUGGCUCUUUAUGGUGGGCUUUGUGCAUUAGCUACCUUUGACAGGCAUGAGUUGCAAAAACAAGUUAUAUUCAGUAGUUCCUUCAAGUUAUUCUUAGAAUUAGAACCACAAUUAAGAGAUAUAAUAUUCAAAUUUUAUGAGUCAAAAUAUGCAUCCUGUUUGAAAUUACUUGAUGAGAUAAAAGAUAAUAUCCUCUUGGACAUGUACAUAGCACCUCAUGUGAAUCUGUUAUAUACGCAAAUCCGAAAUAGAGCCUUAAUACAAUACUUUAGUCCUUAUUUAAGUGCGGAUAUGAGACGAAUGGCAACAGCAUUCAAUAGAACUGUGUCUGAAUUGGAAGACGAACUUAUGCAGCUUAUUUUAGACGGACAAAUUCAGGCGCGCAUAGAUUCGCACAACAAGAUUUUGUAUGCAAAAGACGUUGACCAACGUAGUACUACUUUUGAAAAAUCAAUGAGCGUUGGGAAAGAAUAUCAGAGGCGCACCCGCAUGUUGAUCUUAAGAGCAGCAAUGUUAAAACAACAAAUUCACGUGAAGAGUCCUCAACGCGAUAGCACACAAGGCGGCGAAAUGUCAGUAGCACCUGGAAACGGCACUUUAGCACCAAAAAAUUGAAAUUGCGUGUAUGUUGGUAUUUUGUAGGAAAUAAAUUCAUAUACGCGUGUCAACUGCCACGACUAUCUAGGUAUGCGAUAAA